GAGAAAGAGAUGGCAGGUUUGCAGAGAUCGGCUGUAUCAUUCAGAAGGCAAGGAUCAUCAGGUUUAAUCUGGGACGACAAAUUAUUUUCCGGCGAUUUGAAACGGUUUUCCGAAGGAAAUCCAUCGUUAUCGGACUCCGAUCAAGUUCAAACGGCCGAAAAUGAUCAAUCUAUGUGUUCGAAAACGACAAUCGGGUCCAUCAACACUAUUCGACGGAAUCGAUCCAACAACAGCGGAGAACGACCGCACCGUACGGGGAAGGCAUCACCGGCGACAGAGCCGCCGUCACCUAGGGUUCCGGUAUGCGGAUUUUGCAGUGCUUUUGUGAAGGUAAAUAAAACUCAAACACAAACCGCCUCUCGUAAACGGAGUUUGGCUUGAUUGAUCAUGCAAUAAAACGUUUUCCGCCACCACCGGCGGCGGUCGGAUGGUGGUGUUACGUGAAUUCCGUUGGAUAAUAACGAGGUGUGACCUUGUAAGAUUUUGUUGACGAUUCUAGUUUUUUUUUUCAGUAGUUUAUAGUUAUUUAGACUUCAUUAUUAAGAUCUCUGAUGAACUCACCUCCGAUCUUUUGAUGCUACAUAACGAUGAAAUGCCAUAAUUCUUAACAAGAUGUUCAUCCAACUGCAUAACGUCUCCAUUACAAUUCACAUGAAAUUGUAUGUAUAGAAUUUUGACAGUACUGGUUAUGCAAUUCGGUUACGGUUACG